UGCUGGGGGAGGUGGGCGAGUCUGGCCUGGAGGCCAGGCUGCAGGUUGCGAUGUCCCCGCCUCCCGGCAAGACUCUCCGAGUCCCUGCCCCGGAGCGCGCGGUAAUCUCUUGCCUCCACCCCGCCUUGCGGAUCUGCCCAGCGGCGCCUUCCUCCUGCCGGGCCCCACACGGACGUGGCUGCUGCGCCUCGGUGCCCACGACCACCCGAGGACAAUGCAGUGGCCGGAGCGCGAUCUCCGGGCGCGCCAGGGACUGAUGCCCUUGGCCAUGACGCACCCCCAACUGCUGUCUGCUCAGGCUCGGCCUGUGUGACUGAGUCAUUGCUGGCCCAGCUGUUUCACAGUUGGAUGGGGCGUCGGGCGGAUGACAGCGGGAACGGUUGUGAUCACGGGCGGAAUCCUGGCUGCGGUCAUCCUCCUCUGCAUCAUCGCUGUCCUGUGCUACUGUAGGCUCCAGUAUUACUGCUGCAAGAAGAGCAGAGAGGAGGAUGCAGAUGAGGAGGAGGACCACGACCGGCCCACCUCCCCUGGGGCGCCCCCCUGCAAUGCCUGCAGCUCCCAAGUCCUGGACGGCAGAGGCGGCCUGGCGCCUCUCACCAGCGAGCCCUGCAGCCAGCCAUGCGGCGUGGCAGCCCGCCAUUGUGCCACUUGCUCCCCAUACAGCUCCCCUUUUUACAUACAGACGGCCGACAUGGUGCCCAACGGGGGCGGAGGCGAGAGGCUGUCCUUCGCUCCCACGUACUACAAGGAGGGGGGCCCCUCGUCUCUCCAACUGGCAGCACCCCAGAGUUACCCGGUGACGUGGCCCUGCUCUGGGCGUGAGGCCUUCACCAAUCCAAGGGCUAUUAGUACAGACGUGUGACCCUCUCCCCGCCACCGUCCCCAACGCCUACCAUCACUGAGACCCCAGCCGGAGGCCUGGGGUGAGCGGCCCACCCCUCCAGCAUGCCACAAGGACUGUCUCCUGCGCAGGAAGGCUCAACGGGACUGAAGCCAUCACGUGCAUUGACAGCCAGGGCAGGGCCUGGUCCCCUGGCCCAGAGGCGGACUGACAGGUUGAGCUGGCAGCUUUGCUGUUUCUCUGGUGGGACUUUCCUCCGGCCAGCUCACACCCCGCUUCCCUCACUGCCCCAGCUUCACCAGACUGCGAGAAGAACGGAGGCUCUGCAGAGGUCUGGAGGCCCCCAGAGUCCUUGGGGGGUGAAAGAAAGGGGGACAGGGGACAACUAGGAUGCCACAGAAUUUGAGAAGGAAGAGGAGAGCUAAGGGGACCCCUCCAGGACUUCCUUGCUAACACGAACCCAAAGCCAAUUUACAAUCUCGUUUUGUGUUUUUUGGUUGUCAUGGAGACCACACAGCCCCGUAGCUGCUCAGACACACAUGUGGAUUCCUGAGUCCAUCACAGCUCUGCCCCUUUCUUUGUGGCAUGUGCUGAGUUGGCUUUAAAAGCAUAAGGUGACUGCAGGGAAUGCACCAAAAAGUGGCUGCCUGACCCUGUCUCCCCACGGACCCUUGCUUUGCUGUGGGAACCAGCUGCCUAGCUGAGAACCUUUUCCACGUUAUGUUGCCAGGGUUCAAGUAGCUUCGUGAGGUCCUGCUGACGGCCUCCAGGGCCGCGGUCCCCCACACCAAGCAACACGCGUGGCUUCAAUCCUGUGGGGGCGUGUGCAUUCUCAGGUGUGCGCACACACACCUGUCACCACCCGCACACAGGCUUUGCUGCCUUUGGGAACCGCAGAGAGGGAGGGUCUCGGAUGUAGCGACUAGAAAGAGCAAUCUGACCCCCAGGCAGCAAGGGCAAAAGGUGAUUGAGGGACCGACCCCCGCAGCAGGUACUGGAUGGGCCAUGACACAGGAGAGCCAGACCACCCCUCCCACCAGGGACAGCUGUCCUCCCUCCUGAGGACAAGAGGGAUCUGACUUAGCAAUUGGAUUCAGCUUGCUGCCCCCUCUCAACUCUCAGUGGCCCCCUGCUCACCCCCCUCCAUCUCCCAGUGAGGGCCUGCUCAUCUCUGUCCCUUCCGAGCCCCAAGUCCAGCUCCCUCUUCCCACUGAUAGCUUGGCCAUGGCCUUAUGCC